UUUCGCAGGAUUAAGAGGAGAGUGGGGUCAAAUAUAUGGGUGACCCAGGGCUUGCGUCAGCGUCUCCAAUUUUGUGAAGGACAAAAGGGGACGUUGACACAGGGUCACCUCCUUGUCGUUCACACAGUGGAACAAAGAAAGCGUAAUUAUAUGUCACGUACAUUUUAACUCUUGAGAAAUAUCGCCAGUUUAGUACCUGUGGCUUUGGCGUAGUAUGGUUAUGGGCGGUUUCAUCACAUAUCACUGACUGAUUGAGAGCAAGCAAAAAAUAGACGGAUAACCUGCCAAUGAACCAUAGCUUUGAAAAUCCCGCGUUCUCCGGUGCAUCUGAUGAAAAUUUACCAGACCAGAAAAAAACGCCACGCUGUCUUGCUUCUCCGGGUUCUACGCGUUCAUCCAAGAUGUCUACCCGCUCACUGUUCUGCGCAGCUCUGACCGGGAUUAUCGUGUUCGCACUCGGUCUUGGGCUAGGGUUUUUGCUAGGAUAUUUUGCCUACAAGACACCAGGAGAGGACACAUCAGCGACUGGGAACUCUGCUUCCAAUUCGGAAACCAUGAAUGGACAAACAACAACAUCCGGCAACACGCGACCACCGACCACCCAGUCCACCAGUCCAACCAGUGCUUGUAACGACGUGUGUAAAGAAGAACUCAAGUGCCCACAAAGUCCGCCAAUUACGCAGUCUGAGUCAUCGUCUUCCAGAGGGAUAUUUGAAAUGGUGAGCGUAGACGAGAUGGAAGAAGUUCAUAAGUAUAUGGUUCAGCAAGGGUUAGUUGACCAGAGUCCUUCAAGUUUGCAAAAUUCUUAUAUCUAUAGCAUGUCUCUGUACCUCCCCAACAAAGAUGAAGCCAUUGCACACUUGGAUGAAGGUUUGGCCUCUCCUGGGCGUUACGCAGACGUCCACGUUCAUCGUGGAAAUAGAAACGCCCCAGAUCUCAUGGAAUACAGAGUAGGCCCUCUCGGCGGUGCCAUGAAUGCCACUGCUCUCUACAAUGAUGGUGAAUUACCCUACAACUCUCGUCCAAUGGAUCCUUUUGAAAUGUAUGGACUCAAUGAGCAGGUUAUUUUAGCCAUGUCUAUUCUCAGGCCGUUGCUAAUGGAGAGUUUCGACGGGGCUUAUUACCCUGAUGGUGGUAUGUCAUUAAUUUUUCAAGCUCCUCCAGGACUGCUGCCGGAGGAGCGCGAGACGCGGUUUCUCAUGACUCUUUUGGUCGACGGCACAAUUAAUGGGCAUGAUUUGCAUCCUCUACCACUCACUGGAACCGUGCACAAUCCUGGAACAGACAAAUCCCAGUGGUAUUCUUACAAUUUUUAUUAUUUGAAUCAAGGGCCUUUCAGCACGGCUGAAGAAUUGCUUGAAGCUUAUCAAAACGGCACCAUAAGGAAAUUUGCACUACCCAGAGGCCACCGCCAGACUUUGUUUAAAACCACUUUCCCUAAACAAGAUGGCAACAAACCUCGUGAUAUGUCCAACAAAGCACCGCCACGGACGUACGAACCAGCUGGCCGACGCUACACAGUGCACGACCACACAGUGAAGUGGAUGGACUGGGAGUUUACAGUGUUUGGAAAUCAGUUACGUGGCCCAGGGGUGAUGAACGUCCAGUUCAAGGGUGAACGUAUCGUGUACGAAAAUUCAUUAAAUGAAGUUGGCUUGAUCUACGCAUCCGAUGCCAGCUCUGGUGCAAACAUCGUGUACUUGGACGCGACAUUUGGGCUCGGACAGUGGCACGAUGCCAUCAAAGGGGUGGAUUGUCCUGAACACGCCACCCUCCUCGAUGUACCGUGGUGGUACGUGGGACUUCAGAGACCAGUAUCUGCGAAAGCAAUUUGUAUAUUUGAAAUGGAUGGCCAAGAAGCGAUGUGGAGAAGAAAGGACAUAUUUGCUGCAGGACUGAGAAAUACAUAUCUUGUCGCCAGGAUUCCCAUGUCUGUCGGCAACUAUGACUACACUAUAGAUUUUCGCUUUUAUUUAGAUGGGCGAAUGCAGAGCACGGGGAUGGCGUCUGGGUUCAUCCAUUCAAGCUUUUGGGACCAAGGAAAUCCACAUGCUGGUAACGAUAAAACAACAGAUCCGUUUGGUUAUAGAGUGUCAGAAUACACUCAUGGUGCACUGCAUGACCACACUUUUGGUUUUAAGGUCGAUCUCGACAUCUUGGGAAAAAAGAAUAAAUUUGAAGCGAUUCAUUGGAAAGCUGGAAAUGUCAUCGAUGCUUUAAAAACUCAAAACAACAAUAUUACAGCAAAACCCCCGUACUUCUUGUAUAAUGAGACACGUUUUGUUGAAUGGGAAACGUUGGCGACAGAAGCAGGACUUAAACUUAGUUAUGCAAAUCCCAAGAUCUGGACUGUUAUUAACGAGGAGCACAAAAACAAAUGGGGUGUUCCUCGAGGUUAUCGUAUAGUACCGAUGUCUGCCUAUGGUCAGGUUGUUCCCGACUCACACCCAGCCAUGAGCGCCUUGUCUUAUACUAAAUAUCAAUGUGCAGUCACAAAACGUAAAGAGAACGAACGUUUUAUCACCGGAACAUACGCCCAGAAUCGAUUAGCGAAUCCUACAGGAUCGUUGGAACGGAUGUUGGAUGGAGAAAACAUCGUGAAUGAAGAUCUUAUCACUUGGGUGAGCGUUGGGUUUAUACACGUACCUACAUCAGAGGACGUCCCGAUGACAGCUCGCGUAGAAACCGGGUUUUGGCUAAAACCAUGGAACUAUUUUGACACCACAGCAGUUUUUGAUGUACCUCAAUAUGUGGACACACUGGACCACAGCAUCACAGAGAGGCCACCUGCGCCUACAGAUUGCUAUCAACCUGUUAAAGAGAACUGCUAUUUUUGUUAAAGUUGAACAAAUAACUUCACCUCUUUAGGCACAUCUAUAACCAAGGAAAUGAAACGGCAUAAAAUAUAAACCAUUGGUUCAACUUAGAUUAACAGCACAAAAAUUAGGUACAAUCUGUUGCGUGUAACCUAACUAGAAUUUGAGUGCAUCCUUACUGAUAUAGCAUAGAAGCACGCUAUAAAUCAGUCCGGAUUUUCUCUUUAUUUUUUCAAUUUAACGUUAAACAUAUAAACUAUUUGGUUAAAGGUCCAAAUAUAAGUAAAGUCCACUUUUCUAUAACUGAGGCUUAAGACUUAAAAUUACUUACGAUUUAAUAUAACACUUAUGUAGAUGGAAGCACCAUUCGCAUAGAGCUUUUUACACACUUCUUGAGAGGACAAGAAAGAAAUAUAUAUAUACAAGUGCAGUAUAUUAAAAAAGGUUAGGAAAAUAGUAAAGGAUGAAAAGAAACACCGCCAGAUUGUACAUAGUCAAGUUUAAUAACCAAGUUUUCUAUAGUUGUCUUUAAAUUCAUUUAUAAAAAUCGUUUAUCAUUUAGUACACACUUAAACGGAAUGACAAUUAGUAUUUUUUAAAACAAUACUUUGAUCUUGCUUUACAUGUAUUUGAUGUAAUUUUCUUUUUAUCAUAUAUAACUUUUCGUAACGUUUAUUGUUGUUUUAACGUCUUUGAAAUCGGACCUACUUUCUGGUGUAUAGUGAAAUAAUAAUGCUAUUAACAUAUUA